UAUAUGUGCAUGUAUGAUUUCUUCGCUUUCAAGUAAACUAUCCAUGAUCACAAAGACAUCAUGUUUCGUACUGCUUAAAAGUGUAUUGGAAAUAUUAUACAGAUGAAAAGAUUUGCAUAAAUUUGCAUGAAUUACAUCUUUUUCUGGUGACUGCGUUCUUUGAAGGGCAGAUGUUUUCUACACAUUGUCAUGCCAAUCAAAACGUGUGGAAUUUCAUUAAGAUAUUCGUAUCUUUUACGCACUGUUUAAGAUUAUAGGAUAAAAACUUAAAAUUUAUUCAUUUUGUGAAGAAAUUUCAGGAGCGAAAGUUUUGCAAUCAGUGAUAUAAACAGUGGAACUUCGUUUAUUUGAGUUCUAAAGUUACCAUGACUACAAUAAAACAUCCGCACGUGCAAUGAAAAUGCAGGACUAUAUUGUUCCUGUUAAAUUAUUGCUUUGAAGUGCAACGAACAAAGAAAUCAGAGUAUUUGUAGUAUUUACAAUGGAUGUAUUUGAAGUGCUUACUUUCUUCAUAUUCUUCUGCGUGGUUUUGUCCGAAUUUCAAUGCCCAAAACAGUUGCAGACGACAGGUUGCACGUGCAAGCAAUUAAUAUGGUGGAACAAUGAAAACAAAACAAUAGUAAAUUGCAGCAUGGCAAAUUUACAAACAGUUCCUGAUUUUAAAGUUUUGAGUACGUAUGAAAUUUCACAUCUUAUUCUAAGCCAUAAUAACAUAUCAGAAAUAACAUCCGGGGAUUUUACUGACUUAAUGAUAAAGGAGAUGGACAUUAGUGCAAAUCCUAUCGUUUCAUUUGAAACAGUUUCUUCCAUAUUACCAAGACAUUUAAAUACACUAAUAGCAAAGAAAAGUAAAAUCUCGUUGGAUACAGAUCUCGCGUUUUUUAGAGGAUUAGAAAAUCUAACUGAACUCAUCCUCGACAGUAAUGAUUUGGAGAAUGAUAAACAGACACUUCCAGGAAAUAUCUUUAAGGAUUUAAAUCUAAAUUCAUUGAGGAAACUAAGUCUUCAAAGCUGUGAAAUUGGCGGAAUACAUUCGAAAGCUUUCACUGGAUUAAGACAACUUGAAGAGCUAGAUUUGAGUUAUAAUUACUUGGAGGAAGUUCCGGAAGCAAUUCAAAGUCUUUAUCAUUUAUCGAAGUUAAUUUUGCUGGGAAAUAAUGUUAUGCAUUUGAAAGAUAACACAUUUCAUGGAUUACAAUACCUACAAGAUUUGAAUCUUAAUGUUAACGAGAUCUCUAAAAUUGACGUCCAUGCUUUUUCUGGACUAGAACAUUCCUUAAAAGAUAUAAGACUUCAUUAUAACAAUUUGAAUACUAUUCCAUAUGAAGCAUUACGAAAACUGAAAAACUUAUCGUUCCUAGUUCUCUCUAGAAAUAAUAUCACAUUGAUUCCAAAAGAUGCCUUCGUUGGAGUGACAAAUUUAAAAAUAUUGGAAUUGGAUAGUAAUACACUAACAUAUUACAAUGAAAUGUUUAAUGGAUUGGAAAAUUCUCUAGAAACUCUGACAUUGCGCGAAACGGGACUUCGGAUUCUUCCGGUACGAUCGUUAUUAUUCUUGAAACGCUUGACCGACCUUGAUGUGUCACAUAACAGGAUUAAUAGCUUGUCAUAUGGGGAUAUUGGCAAACUCAAGUUGAAAACUGUUGAUCUUAGUCAUAAUCAUUUGACUAUAAUCCAACCUGAUACAUUUAUUGGUAUAAGUAGAACAAUUGGACUUGAUUUAGAUAACAAUAAGCUCACCAACUUAUCGUUUGUAUUACAUGUCACUCCGUGUGCAUUUAGUUACAUUGAUGUCAGCGGAAAUGACAUCAUAUGUGACUGUGACACAGAGAAAAUAAUAAAUAGUGGAAUCGUGUUAGGUGUUGGACCAACUGGCAUUUGUAAAAUAGAAGAUGAUAUUCCGAAUUAUAGGUACAGACUAGGAACAAGUGCGUUAUCUAGAGAACUCGAAGAUCGUUGUAAUAGAACCGAACGCGUAUUUGAUUGCCAAACCAUGGAGCUCAAAUCAAGCACUGCAUCUUUAAUUACAAAAUCUUCAAAUUUUGUUUUGACAUGUACAAUAUUGUAUUAUUUAGUUUCCAUGUACAGGUGAAGUUCAUACGAGCAAAGUUGUGAAUUGAUAUCUUCCCUACCAUCAGUCGACAGGACAUUAUUAUGUUGAUGAGGUGACUGAACAGGAUGCAGACAGUCCUAACCGUAAACAAUCAUUCCGUACAGUUGACUUUACCUGGAACUCGUCCAGUGUGCAUAAAACUAUAUGGGUGUUGCAAAAGUGCAUGAUUUCUUUUAAACAUGAGGAAAACAUGAAAGAAAGGUGUUCUUCAAGAACACGAUGUUCAUACUGAACCCUAAGCAGACUUUUUCCUUUAUCAAUUAUAUUUUACUUUAUAAUAGAGUUGUUGAGUUUGUAAAUACGUUCAAAUUUUCUUUUGGAUCAGUCCCAAUGAAGUUACGAUGUAACACAGUACCGAAAGAUUAUUAAAAAUGGGCUAAGUAUCCUUGUGGAUAACCAUUUGUUUUUAUGAACGAAGCGUGAUGUCUUAUAAUUUAAAAUUAGUAAAUGUUUGUAAGUUGUUGUCCAAAAAUAAAAGUUGUUUUUAAUAAACCAGAUUAGACCUACAACUUUAGGUAUCUAGACUGAGAUCUUGCGCUAUGAUUUCAUUUGUCUGACAGUUGCUUUUAUGUGUGUUUUUUUAUAUGACAGGUAGAAAUUUAAAACAAAUUUACUGCCGGAUUAGGUAAGGGUAUAUCUUCUUAAUUCGUUUGUGAAGCCCCCACCCUUCCUCACAAGAAGAACAUACAAAAUAAUUGAACACAAUGAAUAUUUCAUAAAACAAUACUUGUGCGUUAUAUCCAAAAUAAAAAUGAUAUGGAAUUCAUUAGUAUGACAUAGCACGUGA